AAAUGGGCACGUGUUUAAGUUGGAAGUAUUUCAGUCUGCUACUUUCCUUGCUCUUCUUCCAUUCUCAAUUCCCCUUUUCUUCUUCCUUUUCUUCAAACUCACAAUGCUCUGCUCUACUCCAUUUUAAUCAUUCUCUUUCUCUCGAUAGUUCCGCUUCUUCUUCGUGUGGUAGUAAUUCUUAUCCAAAGACAGGGUCUUGGAAGGAGGAUAAGGAUUGCUGCACUUGGGAUGGCGUCGUCUGUGACAAUUCCACUCGCCAUGUCAUUGCCCUUGACCUUACUUGCAGUUCGCUUCAUGGCUCAAUUGAUUCCAACAGUACCCUCUUCCUUCUUCGUCAUCUCAGGACCUUGAAUCUUGCUGGGAAUAUCUUCGAUUUCUGCCAAAUUUCACCUGAGUUUGGCAAGUUUCAGAGUUUGACUCAUCUUAACUUUUCUAGUUCUGCCUUUUCUGGUGAAAUCCCAUAUGAAAUCUCCCAGUUGUCUUCGCUUGUUUCACUUGAUCUUUCUUUCAAUCUUCUACUUAUCAAAACACCAGUUUGGAAAAGAGUCAUUGGUAACCUUACCCAGUUAAGGGAACUUGUUCUGGAUGGGACAGAUAUGCCCUCCAUUACAUCUAAUUCUUGGAUGAUGAAUCUAUCCUCCUCUUUGGCAACUCUUAGUCUCCAAGACUGUGGCUUGCAGGGAAAACUCGAAUUAAACAUCUUCCGCCUUCCAAGUAUGCAAACCCUUGAUCUUCGGAACAAUCCAAAUCUUGAAGGUUCCCUUCCAAAGUCUAAUUGGAGCAGUAGUCCCCUCAAGUUCUUAGCUCUCUAUUGGACAAGCUUUUCAGGAGAAUUACCUGAUUCUAUCGGCAGUCUAAAGUCCUUAGAGUUUUUGGAUCUGUCAUAUAAUAAUUUCAGCGGUUUGCUGCCGUCGUCAAUAUUUGACUUGCCGAAUCUCUCCAUUUUAGACCUUUCCUACAAUCAACUUGUUGGACCCCUUCCUAAUCAUGUAAGUGGUUUGAAUCUCCUAAAUUAUCUCCAUUUACAUUCAAAUUUCCUAAAUGGGACGCUCCCAUCUUGGUUAUUCAGUUUGACCUCUUUGGUGAAGUUAACUCUUGAUCAUAAUCAAUUCAUCGGUGAGAUUGGGGAAUUCAAGAAUAAUAAUUCCUUGGACUACCUUGAUUUAAGCUAUAAUAUGCUACAGGGCUCUAUUCCUAGCUCAAUAUCUAGACUUGUGAACCUUACUUAUCUAUCUCUCUCAUCAAAUAACCUACAGGGCUCUAUUCCUAGCUCAAUAUCUAGACUUGUGAACCUUACUUCUCUAUCUCUCUCAUCAAAUAACCUGAGUAUUAUGUUGGACAUAGAAAUGUUCUCAAACCUCAACAAUCUCAAUUUUGUCAAUUUUUCACAUAACAAUUUAUUAGUCAGUAUCAACAACAAUCUAACAUUUACCUUGCCCAAUCUGAAGGAAUUGUACUUGUCUUCUUGCAACAUUAGUGAAUUCCCAAUUUUCCUAAGAACAACAACAAAUUUACAACUGUUAGACCUUUCCAAUAACAAAAUUCAUGGUCAAACUCCAAAAUGGUUGGAAGCUGUGGGGAGGAAUUCAUUAAUAUCUCUGGAUCUUUCUCACAACUUUUUGACAAGUAUAGAUAAGAUUCCUUGGAAGAACCUACAUUUUGUUGAUCUUCGUAAGAACUUGCUUCAAGGACCAUUCCCCACGUUAAAUGCUCUAGACCUUCAUUAUCUCUUUGCCUCUAAUAACAAUUUAACUGGGGAAAUUCCUUCUUUCAUUUGCAAUGCAACUUACCUUGACGUUAUAGAUUUGUCUCAUAACAACUUUAGUGGCACAAUUCCAAAGUGUUUGGUACUCUCUAAUGAACUCUCAGUAUUGGAUUUGCGAAUGAAUAGCCUUAAUGGUACAAUACCUGCAACAUUUUCAGGGAGAAGCAAUUUGAGAAAUAUUAACCUUAAUGGCAAUCAAUUGGAAGGGCCAUUGCCACGAUCUUUGGAAAAUUGUAGAAACUUAGAAUGUCUAGAUCUUGGAAACAAUAAGAUAAAUGACACCUUCCCCUAUUGGUUGGGAAGUAUUCUAGAACUGCGGGUUCUAGUCAUUAGAUCAAAUAAAUUUCGAGGUUGUAUAGGCAAUCCUAAGACCCAAUUUCUUUUCUUAAAUUUGCGAAUUCUAGACAUCUCUAACAAUGAUUUUAAUGGUCCUUUGCCAAGAAAUUUUUUCAAAUAUUUGAAAGCCAUGGUGAAUGCGACUGAAGGAGAAGUUGGGUUGAAAUAUGUGGGAGACCCGAGAAAUAAUCAUUAUCGUGAUUUUUUUAAUGUGGUAGGUAUGAGAAAUAAUUAUUAUCAUGAAUCUUUGAAUGUGACGAUGAAAGGGGUGAAUAUUGAGUUGGUGAGAAUCCAAACUGUCUUCACAACCAUUGAUUUUUCAAACAAUAGAUUCAUAGGGGAGAUGCCACAGAUAAUUGGAAGGCUUAAAUCACUCCUGGGGGUCAAUUUUUCUCACAAUAACCUUACAGGUAAUAUUCCAUCAUCGUUUGGAAAUUUGACUAAUCUUGAAUGGUUAGACCUCUCUUUCAACAAGCUCGGUGGGGAGAUUCCCAAGCAAUUAGCCGAUCUUCCGUGGCUUGAAGUUUUAAAGCUAUCGCAUAACCAACUUGUAGGACACAUACCCUUAGGGAAGCAAUUCAAUACAUUCGACAAUGAUUCAUACAUCGAGAACUCUGGAUUAUGUGGAUAUCCUUUGUCAAGAACAUGCAACAACCACGAGUCAAAGCAACCGCCAUCAUCAACCUUGCAACAAGAAGACAACUUAGAGCCUAAAAAUGGGUUUGGUUGGCAAGCUGUAUCAAUAGGUUAUGGAUGUGGAGUGAUAUUCGGAACAUUAAUGGGAUAUCUUAUGUUUAAAAUUGGAAAACCAAAGUGGAUUGUGAGGAUGGUCAAACUAGAGCAACAUAUCUUGCUUAGAAGGCUGAAGAAUAAUGCCCGCAGAAGUGGUGGCAGAAAAUAACAAGUCAAAACAAUGUGGAAAUCACUUCAAUUUGAUGAAAAGGUUGGGAGUCCAAGUAGAAUGCAUCUAUUGUAGGUUUUUUCAUUUCUAGAUCAUGGAAAAUUUUCAACCAUGGAGGAAAUUACAGACAUGCUGGAAUCUAGCUCCAGGGGAAAAGAAAAAACAUAUUUCUAAUUUGAUGCACACGGAAAAGCCCAGCGGAAAAUGGAGCUCUCCUCCAACUCCUUCCAUGUGUCAGAAUUGGGAUAAAGAUGAAGCUUCCGUUUCCACUCGCCAUCUUCAUCAUCCUUAUUCACUCCCAUCUUCUUCAUUUUUCAAACAACAGAAAUAGCACAUAAUGGUGAUUUGGGAGAAUAUUACCCUUCUUUUAUGGUUCCCAAAGACACAGGACACCAUUCAUUGCCAAGCUGGUUGGUGUUGUCGCUGUUGCAAUAAUUGUUUCUGCUUUGCUUAGCAUCAAAUGCCCAGUAACGUACAAGGUUGAUGCCUUUGAUGUUUCAGAAAAUAUUAAUAACCUUUGUGCUCUUGAAUUGUUCAAGACCUCUAUGUGGACAACCAAGUACUGAAAUGAAGAUCUGGAAAUUAAUCCAGUUCCUAGCAUUCCACUUGUUGCUGACUUGCUUUGAGAAAUUGACUUUCUACUUGAGACAAGCUGUUAGAAGGGUUAUCAAGGUGAUGUGUUGUCUGUCUUUUGCAAGACCUGUCUUGAGAAUGGUGAUCACUUGUUCUUUGAGUAUCAUUUUUCAAAGAGGUUAUGGGAGCAAGUUAAGUCAUGAUGUCUAAUAAAAUCUAAGAGACAGAGAGAAUUUUGAGGAUUUCCAGCAAAAGAUCUUCUAUUUUCAAAUUUGUGCUGUUUUGGCUAGUGGUGGCUUUGAAGAACAGAGGGAAGUGUACUGUUGACUGCCUUAGUGGAAUUAUAUCAGUGUAGAUUUUAAGAUUAAGCUGCUCACAAUUGGUGGGAAAAGGUUGAAGCUUACAAUUAGGGACACAGGGAUUAUACAAAGCUAUUGAUUGACUCUCAUUGCUAGGCUACAGAAUUUAAACUGAGGGUGAUAUAUUGGAAAUUCUCAAAUCCUUAAGGGACUGUGGUGAUAUCCAACCUAUGUGGAAUAAACUGUUCAGCUGGGUUAGAUGUGAUUUCCCGGCCUUAAAUUGCUUUUCAGACUUGGUUGAGCUGGUUGGGCAACGAAAGCAGAAAUUGGACCUGUUUGCAGUAGUAGCCUGGUAUGUUUGGCAGCGAAGAAAUAAAUU